GCGUGAAAUUUAUUCUUAGUCACUCGAGUGUUUGGAUAAUAAAAAUGGACGAAACAGGGCGCGGCGGUUGCUUGAAUCAACAACAAUAUGAUAUUGUUGUAAGGUUUUUGGCACACGGACAUUUUCCUAGUAAGAGAGAGUUAUUGGAAGCCAACUUUGCCAGCCAAAAAGAUAGUGCUCGACCAAGACCUUUUCGAAAAUUUAAAUCAUGGAUGCAAAGACUGUUGUAUCGCGAAUCAGAAAAUGCUCUUAUCCAUUUGCCCACUGGAAAAGUUGUAGUUCCAAAAGAAAGAUUUGUGCAAAUCAUUGUUGAAAACCAUUGUGAACUAAGUGGCCACUUGAAUGCAUAUGCCACUAUGAGAAAGAUUCAAAAAACAUACACAUUUGGACGAAGAAACUUUGGAAUGAGUGAAGAUCUGGUAAGAAGUGUUAUCAGAAACUGCCCAGUCUGUGAGAAUUGUAGAACGAUUACUGCAAAACUAGGAAUUCCAUUCGAUAAAGAAGGAUUGCAGUCUAUUGACAAAGCAUGUGAACAAAAUGAAGAAGAAUUGUCUAAAACACAGAAGAAAUCAGACACUGAUUUGGCCAACACUAGCACAGGACCUUUGGAAACAACUAAUAAGGAUACACCAACAACUGCACAAACCACAGACAAUGGCAACCAGAAAGGGAAACCAGUGGAGAUGAGUCAAACAGAUGAUAAAAGAAACAAGACGGAUGUCAAGCAAAGCCAUCCCAUCAUCCAUAGCUCUCUGUUGUCUCAGUUGAUGACAAGACCAGGUCAGAAAACCAAUACAGGUCUGAGCACUAGUUCAAGUAAAAGUGGAUCUCUCCCUAGGUCCUUACUAUGUCCCAUCAAUGCACCUUUGAUGCCACUUUUAAGCAUGUCACAAGCUGAAAAACAAGAUAGUUUGGCAAUAGGUUCUAGCACUACAGCAACACAGGUUUCAACUUCCCAGACAAAAGUCACAUCAGCCAAUGCUUCUAAGCUGCUUGACAUCAAUGCAAAUUUGGGAUCAUGGAUGGCUCAAAACAUCAAGAAUGUUGGAUAUUAUGUAAAGGUGCCCAACUCAUCUUUACCCUCGGGUUUCUCCUUGUCUUUUGUGGCAGCUCCUUUAAUGCAUUUAGGAGCCUCCACUCUGUGCUCACCAUCCACUGCUUCAAUGCUCUCUUCCUGUCCACUUCCUUCCCUUAUAAGGCCCACAAAUGAGACAGCUGGAAACAAGUGUCCAAACUCUUCAGGGAAAAAAGAAGAAAGUCAUCCCCAGGCAAAGAUAGCCAUUUCAAAAAUGGCUACUUGUACCACCACUACACAAUCUCAAGACAUUUCUGACAAGAUUUCAACACCUACAAAGAUGGCUAUACCAAGUUUGGCUAAAUCAACCAAGCAUCCCAAGUCUUUGCCACCAAUUAAGCCAAAGGAAGAAACGGAAUUGGGCAAAGCCCUUCUCAAACCUGAAAGUAACAUUGCAGGUCCCAGUAAUGUUCUGUCCACACCCCCAAAAAUUCCCAAGAGUGCAGCUGCAAAGAAGCCCUCCUCAGGAGUGAAGAGAAAGCUCAAACUAAAGCUGGAAAAAAACAACAAAAAACUUAAACAGAAGAAGCUUGCCUGUAUGAAACCUGGGAAGAUGGGACCUGAGAAAAACAGUGACGAAAAGAAUGAGAAAGUCGAGGCAGAGAAGCUGAAUGAUGCAAAUAAUAAUCCUCUCAGUGAAACUUCGAAGAAGAAGAAAAUUAUAGUUAUUAACACAGAAAAGAUGAACAAAAUUCUUCAAAACAGAUUCAAUUUUCAUAUGAAUUUUAAAGGAAAGUGUAAUGUUAAUUUCCACAAUGAAGCCAGUGGUAUAACCACUUCUUUUCUUGUGGAUGAUGGUCAAAAUACAUCAGUAACAAGUAAAACUGUUGCGUUAAGCUCAAAUGAAGGAACUUCAUCGAAAGUGGAUUUCCAAAAUGAAGACAUAAAGCAAACGAUUUCUGAUUAUCCUGGUAAUAUGAAACAGGAGCAUUGUUUAGAAAUGAAGUCAUAUGUGGCAGAAGGACAGCACAAUGCUCAGCUUACAGAGAAAGGUGAGGUGGAUCAGAAAACGGAAAACCUGAAUAAUGGUGAUGAUAACUUGACCCAAGACAUGGAAAGUCUCGUAGGUUCAACUUCAGCUACAUCAUCAGAUACAGCAAUGACACAAUCCUUGUCCCCAGAUCCUUGUCCAAUCCCUAGCCCUGCAAUGUGGACUUUCUCUGAAGAUAUGCUGGCAGAGAAGAACAGUUAUGGACGGUUGCUGAUUGCGAUUCAAGACAUGAGGAUGGAUGUUAUGAAGUCUAUUUUGUGUGAUCACCAUGCAAUGGACAGACUGAAAAAGAAAAUAUGCUAUGCAGAAACCCUCAUCAGAAAGCACAAAGAGGAUAGGUGUUCAGACUAAAAAUUCUAAACUCAGAGAAUAGAACUUGAAUUUUUGGCAAUAUUAUAGAUUGCAUGACUAAAUAUGUAUAAAACAUACUGAAACAAUUAUGGGUACAGUUAUAUGUUUUUGAUGUUUUUUUUGAAUUCUCAAACAGAAGAUCUGCUAACUUUUUUCACCUUGCAUGCUUUUAUUAUUGAAUAAAACUGAUAAAAAGUUUU